CUCCAACGACACAAGUGUUUUUCAGUACAUAAUAUAUAUUUUUUUUUUAACUGUGCCGUUUCCGGGUUUCGUCAUCCCUUUUAUCGUUAGCUUGUAAAUGUCGUUCAGUAAAUGUUAUUUUUUAAAUCGUUGCUCUGUCGACGAGCUCUGUCUGUGUGUCGCCACAUUCUGUCCCACAAAAAUUCUGUGAACGUCAGCUGUGAACUUGUAUUUAACGUGCAUUAGAGCCACCACCCUUAUCCUUAGUAAUCAUUUUUUGUGGAAGACAAGAAGGAAGGGAAGGUCUCCUUUUGCCAACAAGGCUGGAAUGAAACAAAUAUUCCGCCCUCUCUGAUUGCACAAAAAACAUCUGAGGCCGCAUUCCAAUUCGGUCUUCACACGGAUCUUCGUGUGUUGUUUUAAACUAAUUUAGGGUUUCAACGAAGGCAAAAUGACGGAGACGAAACAGCCAGUAAACGAGCCUGAGAUGAAGGGAUGGCUUCACAAGUGGACUAAUUAUAUUAAGGGCUAUCAAAAAAGAUGGUUUAUUUUAUCUAAUGGAGUACUCUCAUAUUACAGGAGUCAGGCUGAGAUGGCACACACCUGCCGGGGAUCCAUUCGACUUCAAGGCGCCAUGAUUCAUACAGAGGAUACUUGCCACUUUGUCAUCUCCAAUGCAGGAACUAACACGUUCCAUCUUAGAGCUGGAACUGAGGUGGAACGGCAGCGCUGGGUGACAGCCUUGGAACUUGCUAAAACCAAAGCAGUCAAAGCUAGCGAUUCUGAGUACAUGAGUAACACAGAAGAUGAAGAUGACUAUGAUGAAUCUCCAGCCCCGGGAGGAGACAAGGCCGAAUUACAAUCCGUCUUGAAGACUCUGAGUGCCAAGCUAGAGGAUUUACAGACAUGCAGCGACCUGAUUGCCAAGCAAUGUGCUGCCUUGCAGCGUUCGUUGGCCGAAGCUGAAGCCGUCGCCGCCGACAAUCCACAGGAAGUUUUGACGAAGAUGAAGGCAGUGAAUGAGCGAGCUACAUUGUUCCGCAUCACCUCUAGUGCCAUGGUUAAUGCCUGCGGUGAAUACGCCCAGUUGGCUCAGACACAGGGUCGCAAAUGGCAGCGAAUGUUGUCGCACGAACACGAACAACGGCGCCGUCUGGAAGACAUGGUGGAACAGCUGGCCAAACAACAUUCUCAUCUUGAGCAAGCUGCUCAGCAGCAAGCUCGAGCUACUCCCAGUGGACUCUCUGCCGGUAGUGGCCAACUCCUGGCUCAUUCGAUUCAUUCGGAAGAGGACGAUGAAAAUGAAUUCUACGACGCCGAAGAGGAUGAAAUUCAAACUGAUUACAUCGUACAGGUGCCUAUCGGUCAUCGACGCACUCCGUCAGGAGUAAGCACAAAUUCUCAGGCUUCUGAAGGACGGAAUGCUGGCGAGAAUACACAGGACUCGGAAAGUGAUGCAGAAAACGACACGACAAUUAGUGUAAUUACGCGAAGAAACACGUCCACUGUUGAGACUCUGAGUUCGUUGACAGUCUCUACUUUAAAUGAAAACGGAUCAACGAUAUCGCGAAAGCCUAGGCGAACUCGCGUGCCUGACAAACCCAAUUAUCCGCUUAACCUUUGGGGCGUCAUGAAAAACUGCAUCGGCAAGGACUUGAGCAAGAUCCCCAUGCCCGUCAAUUUCUCCGAGCCGCUGUCUAUGCUUCAGCGCUUGUCUGAGGAUUUUGAGUACUCAGAAUUGUUGGACAAGGCGGCUACAUGCAGUGACGCCAGUGAACAACUGGCUUACGUUGCAGCUUUUACUGUUUCCUCGUACGCUACCACGAGCAUCCGAACCGCCAAACCCUUUAACCCAUUAUUAGGGGAGACUUUUGAGUUUGACAGGACAGAUGACAAGGGUUGGAAAGUGAUCUCUGAGCAAGUGUCGCAUCAUCCACCCAUGGUGGCUCAACAUUGCGAGGGUCGCGGCUGGCGAUGCUGGCAAGAGUUUACCAUGUCUUCGAAAUUUCGUGGCAAAUAUUUGCAAGUGAUACCCUUGGGCGAAUAUCAUUUGGAAUUCGAUGGUUCAGGUAACCACUACACUUGGCGUAAAGUGACGACGACGGUGCACAAUAUCAUUGUCGGCAAGUUGUGGGUUGAUCAGAGUGGCGAGAUGGACAUAACCAAUCAUGUAACUGGCGACAAGUGCCAUUUGAAAUUCAUUCCCUACAGUUAUUUCUCGCGAGAGACCCAGCGCAAGGUGACGGGUGCCGUUAUGACUAGAGAUGGUUCUGUCAAAUGGGUGAUGGGAGGAACAUGGGACGAUCACAUUGAGGCCUCUCGAGUAAUCAACACAUUGAAAACAAACAAGGGCACUCCUGUAUUUGAGACUGAACCGUUGAGCACGCUUUGGAAACGUCGAGUGCCACCACCCGAUGCUGAACGAUAUUACAAUUUUACCGAACUGGCUUGUCAGCUGAAUGAAAUGGAAGAAGGUUUGGCGCCGACGGACUCUCGAAAACGACCCGAUCAGCGUCUGAUGGAAGAGGGUAAAUGGGACGAGGCCAAUGAUGAAAAACUUCGUCUUGAAGAGAAGCAACGUUCCGCCCGAAGGCAACGUGAAUUGGAAGCUGAAUUGGCCAUCCAAGAAGGUCGCCCUGUGCCUACCUAUGAGCCCAACUGGUUCCGAAAGGAGAAGGAUCGAUAUACUGGCAACAUGCUCCACGUCUUUGGUGGACGAUACUGGGAAUGUAAACGGAAGCAGGAAUGGGCCGUUUGUCCGGACAUAUUUUAGAAACGACAACUAUCCCCCUUAAUACUUACCCUAAAAAAACAAUGAAUUCUUUCUUUAUUCUCGGAACUAUUGUCUCCUGCCUCCAUAUCCCUCUUUGUCCUUAUUUGCUCCUUUUUCGCUUCUGAAAAGAAGAGAAAAAAUCAAUUUGGUUGCAAUAUGCUUUAGUGCGAUAAGUACGGUUAUAUAUUUCAUCAGUAACCUUU